AUGUCGUCUCCGCUCACUUCGACCUCCGAAGACGGCGCUUCUGAGCCCUUGACCUCGCGACGGUCCUCUAGGCGCGCUAUCGCACCCAUCUCCUCGCCUCUUACUGAUAUGGCCAAUCCCAGACUGGAAGGAAAAGGAAAGCAAGGCAACGCACGACAGCAGAGGGAAUCUCUUCCGAGUGGGAGACGGACAUCGAAUCGCCUGGCUAUCCAGGCCGACGUGAAACCCCGGAAAACCCGACCUAUGAGAUCAGAGCGGACUCCUGUUGUUGAAAUCCCUAGACUCUCCCCCUCCGAGAGAGAGCUAUAUGUCGCGUGGGGUCCAUCUACUCAGGAUACUGUGCCAAAUGACGUGACGCAAACAUCCGUCAAGCCUUCCGAGCAGCCUUCUUCCGCCAAAGACUCUCAACAGUACGACCCGUCCAUGAUUGACGACAGCGAUGAACUCGAUUACCAACCCAACGCCGACAAUGGAGUUGAUCUUGACCUCUCAUCAGAAUUGACAGAUCAAGAAGAAGAAGAAGACGGGGACAGGAGCCUGUACCAAGAGUCGGGAUCUGAUAUACGAGGGUCCAUGACUCUGAAGAUAAGAGUUGGGCAGGAAAAGGUGAUAGAGAAACAAGUCGGAUUGAAGAGACAUGGUGUGGUCUCGGAGAGUGACAUUGAUCAUUGGGCACUCGAGUCAUCUGAAACUGCCCCUCUAUCCAGCAACAAACGUGAACGCGCAGGAAAGAGAGGAGGAAAGUCUGCCGCCAGACGCUCAGGACGCACCAGGAAGAACAUCAUUCCAGACUCUGAGACUUCAGAGAGAGACCAGUCUUCUGUUGAGGAUCCUCUGCCCAAAAUUCCUCGAAUCCGCUUGAAACGAUAUGCAGGAGAAAUGCAGACGGAGGAGGAGGGCGAGGAUGAAGUGGACGAACUUCAGAUGAACUGGGACAAUGAUUCGGAGAGCCCUCGUACCAAGCCUAGACGAAGAGGCAGGAACAAUUACUCGGCUCCAAUUCCCCCCUCUUCUCCGUCAUCGACUCCAGAACACGCUCCUGAAUCGACCCUUGCAGCGCACCGUGACUACUGUGAACGAUGUUCUCGCCCACCGACGGCUGUCAUUGCUGAACAACUCAAGACCAGGAAGAAGAAACCUGGCCCGAAAAGAAAGAAGGUGGAUGAAGACGACGACAUUGUCAGUGAUGGAGAGUUGGUGCAAACUUUGGGUGGAUGGGUCACUUGUAAAUCUUGUUGCAUCGCGACACAUUACGACUGUCUGGGUGGUGCACAAAAGAAGACCCUGCUACAGGAAUUACACACUUCUGACGUUGCCGCGGCAGUCUCUCUCGUACAGGACCCCUCUCAAGACCUUGAAGCAUUGGAAGCAAUGAGGAAGACUGCGGAAAACCAAGUCCCGAAGAGAAAGGAGGUGAGAAUAGACGAGGAGGUGGAGUUCAUCUGUGCAAGGUGUAACGAGUCUGGGAGGUGCUUUGUCUGUUGGGAGACUGGAGCCGAAGUGCAUACGGCACCAGAGGGCAAGAUAGAAGUUGACACACAGUGUGCCGUUGGAUUGUCCGAGGAGUUACCAAAGGCGCCUGAGGAGUUACCAAACGCCUCGCAGGCGACUGGACUUGGGCAGGAAAAGACGGAGCAGGUCAAAAGGGUGUUGUUCCGAUGCCGCAGGUGCAAAUUGGGCGCCCACUACGAACAUUUGCGCCCGCCAAAAACGUUGGGUGGAAAUCCAAGCCUGCCGGAUGUAGCAUUGCAAUACCAGACACAAACACACGAUGGUAAUUCUUGGACGUGCCAUCUCUGUCGUGACUUUGUAUGGAAUGUCGACAUCAUCAUCGCUUGGCGAUCCGACUCCUCGUGUCCCCUUCCUGCGAACCCCACACUGAACCAACCCCUUUUCAAAGCAGACCUUCCUAGAGAAUACCUCAUCAAGUUUCAAAGUCGCCCGUUUCGUCAUGUCGUAUGGGUCCCGCACGCCUGGCUGUCUUCGAUCGCCCCGCAAAAACUGCGUAGGUUUCUGGAGAAGGGGCCGCUAUUGGAAAUUGUGACAAACGCAACGAUGACUGCCAGAGGGGAUGAGCUAGGUGUAGGACCUGGAGGGGCGAGUAUCGCAAAGGUCCUGGAGAUGGAAGGGAAUAAUGAACAGGGGUUUGUGGGACCCGAAGAGGAUGCCGAAAGUAAUCUGCCCGAGCUAUGGAGCACCAUUGACCGAGUUCUCGAUAUCAAACUCCUCCGACCCACCAAGGAACAGAUCAACCCAAAGACUAGGGCCCGAGAGACCAAACAGCAGCGUAAACGGCAACGAAUCCUCUCUAUCUCUCCCGAAUCAGACGAUACCGCUGCCAAACCCACUGCUCAUUUGGUAGAGAAAUCAUUGUUCGAGCUCGCUCAAGAAAAAUUCGAUUUGCCUGACGGUAUGCCGCCUCCAAUUGAAGAAAUGGUGGAGAUCGAAGAGUGGGAAGCGCUGAUGGGACGGGACGUCGGGGAGGACGACGUAGACGAAAUCGUGGGCCAUGUUGCAUGGAUCUUUGUCAAAUGGGAAGAUCUGCAAUACGAUCAGGCAUGUUGGGAUACGCCACCCCCUUUGUCGUCACCCUUCUACCCAGCCUUCAAGGCCGCCCUUGGCCGAUUUCUGCGUGCCCGACAUAUCACUAUCCCGGUGCUUACCCCCGCCCAAGCGCUGGCUCGUGACGCGAAGGCUGCAAAGGGUUUCGUUCCACCGCAAGACCAGCCUGCUUGUAAAUUGAUGCCGUUCCAAAUGGAAGGGCUGCAAUGGCUACUGUAUAAACACUUCAAACGAGAGAGCUGUAUUCUAGCGGAUGAUAUGGGGCUAGGAAAGACAGUGCAAAUCGCGUCCGUCCUUGGUUAUCUAGGGUCUGCAGAGCAUCAGAUAUAUCCUUGCCUAGUCGUUGUGCCAAACUCGACCAUCACCAAUUGGGUACGGGAAUUUGAGAAAUGGAGUCCACACUUGCGAGUUGUGCCGUUCUACGGUGAAAAGAUUGCUCGGCAAAUCAUCAUGCAAUACGAACUUUUCCACAAGGGACAGCAAGGCAAGGUUGCAGGAUUGAAAGCUCAUAUUGUCUUGACAACUUACGACAUGGUCACCGGGAGCGAAUUCAAGGUCUUCUCGACAGUGCCCAGGUGGGAGGUGCUUUGCGUGGAUGAGGGUCAAAGACUCAAAUCCGACGAAAGUAAGAUAUUCAACAAGUUGAAGACCCUCAAAUCUGUCCACCGCAUACUCCUCACUGGCACUCCCCUCAACAACAACAUCCGAGAAUUGUUCAACCUGUUGAACUUUUUGGACCGAGGUACCUUCUCGAAUCUGAAAGCAAUGGAGGCCCAGUACGAAAAUCUGGAUGAGGCGAAGGUGCAAAAACUGCACGAGAUGAUCAAACCCUACAUUUUGAGACGAAUCAAAGCAGAUGUUCUCAGACUCCCGCCCAAGGUGGAGAUUAUCGUUCCCAUCACCCUUUCCCCGAUGCAGAAACAGGUCUACAAGGGCAUAUUUGAGCGCAACGCCGAAGUCAUACAAGAGAUCCUCAGGGUCAGACAGAAACGAAGUAAGGCGAAGAAGGCCGCACGCAUUACGGGGCCGACAAGUGAGGACACAGCGCUGCCGAGUGUGUCGACAGGGGCGGCUGGGCCGAGCGGUGCAUGA